AUGCAAAAGGGUUCGCAAAAUGCAGAUCAUGAUGCGAAAGGGAUGUUGGAUGGAGCUAGCAGCGAUGACAGAAGAAACAUUCAAACCAUUGAUGUCAGCGAUGAAAUUGAGGAAGACAUUAAUUUUUUAAAUGAUCUUGCAAUCAUUUGCAGAUUCAUUGGUCAAAGAUCAGACAGGAAAACAAUCGAAAAAUGGAUAGAGGAAACGUGGAAGACGCCGCAAAUAACAAAAUUCAUGCCUAAGGGUUUUUUUAUUAUGGUCUUUGCCUCGGAGGAAGAGCGGAAAAAGGUGUUGGACGGUGGGUUAUGGACCAUGAGAUCAAAGCCGCUGUAUAUCCAAAAAUGGUGUAGGAACUUCAAUCCAUCAAAAACUGAGCCUUAUGAGAAACCAAUAUGGAUUCGAUUGAAUAAUCUGCCAUUGGAAUACUGGUCAGAGGAGGCAUUAGAAAAAAUAGGCAGAUCCUUGGGAACCCUAAUGGAGCUUGAUGCAGAAAUUGCGAAUGGGAAUUCAUAUUUGUAUGCAAGGAUUAAAUUAGUGGCGGUCAGGAGAAUGCCACAAUUGAUAAAACUAAGAGGUCAUGGAAUGGAAUGGAUCCAAUUGAUUGAAGUUGAGGAGGAGAAACAUUACUGCUCCUUGUGCGGCCGUAGAAACCAUGAUUCUGAUAAAUGCAAAAAUAAAAAAUCCAAGAAAAAAGUUUGGAGGGCAAAACAGGUGGUUGGUAUUAGAAAUACAGAAGAACCUCUUCAAAUAACUAACAGUGAAAUGGUGGAUGUAAAAACUGGCAAGAAACAGAAUGGAGAGGACCUGGAGAUGGUGGGAAAUUAUAAAAUGGAAAUGGAGGAAAAAACUGGUAAUUUUGAAUCAAUAGAACAAAACGACAUCGAAUUGGAGGAAGAUGGAAUUUCAGAGGAAGAUGAAGAGAAAGAUGAAUUGGAAACAACAGACAUAAGAAAUAUAUGCCAUUGA